AUGUCUUCUGUCUCCUCCACAUACCCUCUCCCCGUCGACGACGACGAGGUCAAACGCUCAGAGCUUCACCACCGCAUGAUGCAGUUCGUCUUUUCAGGCAAGAACUACGUCGGCCCCGUCAAAGAGGCCCUGCAGUUCGGUCAGAAGCGGCGUAUUCUCGACCUUGGAACCGGUAGCGGCCAAUGGGCUAUCGAUAUGGCGGACGAGUUUCCCCGUGCAGAGGUCAUUGGAAUCGACAUAGCGCCUAUUCAACCCAAAUAUGUUCCUCCGAAUUGCACGUAA